UGGAAUGCAACGAAUGUUGAACAUAGAAUAGAGUUCAACUAGAAUAUUUACAUAGUCGUUUUACUUGAUCGUUUACUAGAUCGUUUUACUUUUUCUGCAGUCCGGUUUCUGUCUGUCGUGAGCGCCGACGAAAUGCGCAGAUCCAUCGCAUACGCGUUGAUCGCUGUUAUUUUAUUGGAUCUAUUUCUGUGCAGCUACGUAGAUGCCUGGGGAUCAUAUAAACGUAAAUAUGGAACCAAGACUAGAAGUAGAAAUAGAAAUCGGAAUAGAGCAACCGCAAGAAAGAGCAGCAAUGCUCGCAGAAGAAAUGGUUUAACCCGUGCAAGUAUCGCAGAACGGCUACGUCGGUGGAAGUUAAGCAUGGCUAAAAAAGAAGUAGUAACGACGACCACACCGGCUAAUCCAAUCCUUCCGACCAUUCAUCCUUACGGCAAGUACUGCACAGAUGGACCACUCGUAGACGUCUCAGAUGGAGCAUUGUGGAAGCAUCUUAUGGAAAUAGACAGCGGGUCUAAAAUCAAAACUCCUGAUCUGGCAAAAAUACACCUCACCAACGACACGCUCAUCGACCCAAAAGCCAAGUGUGCAGGAGUGGGACAGAACAAGGCACCCGUCUACAAGUAUUCAAAGUCUGCUGUCGAGAUACACUUCCCAUCCAUUUCGACAGUUAAGCGCAUUGAAAUGAAGGUAUGCCAAGAGAAUAGUGGUCCCAAGGGAGCGUUUUACGUGUCCACGCCAAGGCAGAUUUCCCUGUCAUACUUCAAUCAGAAGGAUCAAUGGAUUGCCCGCACAAAGUCCGGAUCAUAUUUGACCUAUACCCUACCAAAACCCAAGCGUCUAAAAGGGACUACAAGCGGCUACAUACAACCCGCCGACUACAUCCGACGCUGGCCAAACUCUCAGCAUGUCACCUUGAAGGUGGCCCUCACGACUCGAGCAAUCCGCGUCAGCGUCAAUCGCUACUGGGGACGACAGCCGUGGCUGCAGCUGCGCAUCCUCGGGUGUAGCCACGCCGACCAGUUCGAAUAUCUCGAUCCGGAAUAUGACUACGGCGACUACGGCGCAAACUACGAGGAUAAGGAGGACGAGGUAGAGGCCUAUGACGUCCAGUCUGGUGAAGACGAGGGCAUCAUGAACUACUACGACGUGGACCUCGAUGGGGAAACCCCGGAACUAUAACACGCCUGUCGUCAACCACACAUCCAAAACUUUAAAUAACUACGUGGUAAAAUCACAACUUCAUACAAAAACUUUCUUUUUAUGGUCCAACUUAAAAGCCUAGCGUCGAUGAAAUUAGCAGAUGAACUAUCGAAAGUUUUACAUGCUACGCAAUAUUUGAUUACGUCACAUUGCGCGCCAUGCGUACAUGUUUAUAAAUGAAAUUAGAACCAGCAGAAAUCACACUAAAAACAACGGGAAGGUAAUUUUCACGUUUUCAUCCUAUGCUAAGAGCGAGCUUGAACAACAAUAGAAAAAUAUCAUUUCUCACAACUGGAAAAGUUAUCUAAUAUAUACAAUAGAACAUCCAAAUCCUUUCAAAAAUAAACAACAAUUUAAAUAAAA